CUGCAUUUUACGCUGCAGCAUCAUGGAUUAAUUCUAGUGUUCUGAUAGUGACUGAUAAUCUCGAGUCCAUGUAUAUUCCAUUAUCCUGUUUACCUGUACAUGGAAUAGGAACGCGCUAAGACCCACUGUUCAGUCUACCGUCGAAACGUUCGACUAUUCGCACCACUGUAACACUUUCUGAUUAAACUCAGUGAAUAAAUUUGAUCAAGUUUCGAAACUUCUGGUAUACUAGGAUUCAUUUGCUAUCCUUUGACUCCUCGCGUUUAGCGCUUUGUCAAACAAACGCAUUUAAGGAUCAAGAAGACGACCUCCACCUCUGAAAUUCCAGGAGGAAUUCGAAUCAGCUUCCUGUUGGCGGGUGCCAGCAGAGGGCAGCAACGACCGGGGUCAUAUAACUUCAUGCAGGAAAAGAGGCAUCCUACUUACUAUAUAAUAACCAACAAUGCGUGCGUGCACUCAUAUAUAUAUAUAUAUAUAUACACAUAUACAUAUAUAUCGACACCCAACCUAACCUACGAACUGUAAACAUGCGUCUGUAUCUGCCGAUAUAGGAACAGGUCAGGUGUCAGUAGCAUGAAAAGCCGCUCUUUACCAUUAUCUCCUGUGUUUUACAAAUAUUUUUCAAGGUUUUCUAUUAAAACUGGCGCGAGUAAGUUUGACUUUCGGAUUACUCACGACCAAGAAAAAGAAAAAUAGAUUUAAAGCCAAGUUAUGGAGGUGGACGUGCAGACAAGCGACGUAGUGGUCGAGAAAAAAUCUGAAGAUGACGUUAACUCUGAAGAAAUGUUUACUCAAGAAGAAUCAAUGGAUACCUGUACAGCGACUUUACAGGAAGUACAGCCUUCUCAGAGUAAAGAAAAUGAAAAUCCCCUCAUAUCUGAAGAUGCUACUGACGAUGAUUUGAGACAAUUUGAUGUACUGGAUGAUUUGGAACGCCACACUAAUCAAGAUGGAUCUGAUUCAGACGGAUGUUCAAAUGAUAGCAUGGAUUCAGAUAUACCUGACGAUGAGAUUGAAGCUAUGCUGGAAGAAGGAUUACCAGAUGAAUUUAAAGGAAAACGUUCAGAUAGAAGAUCAGAUAUGCUGUAUGAAGAAAAGGAAAAACUAGUCUUGGAUGAAAUUGGUCACAAUCAUUUUGACGUCUUACCAGAAGGAUGGGUGCAGGUCACCCAUAAUAGUGGAAUGCCUUUGUAUUUGCACAAGCAGAGCAGGGUAUGUACAUUAUCGAAACCUUAUUUUCUUGGACCCGGUAGUGUUAGAAAACAUGAAGUACCAGUAAGUGCUAUCCCUUGUUUACAAUACAAGAGAGCACUGAAAGAAGAAGAAGAAGAAAAACAAAGAGACAAAGAGCGAAUGCAGGCAGCUCAAGCUUGCAGUCUUCCAAAUGCCAAAAUUGAAACAAUUCAGGAGAACAGAGCAACACAAUCUCUUGAUGGUGAAAAUCUUAGAAAUUAUUGCCAAUCACUGUUUAGAUUCAAGUCCAUCAAAGUUAUGCGUUUUAAGUCAUGGUCCCAGAGAAGAAAAUUCACCAAAAACAAAAAGCAGCGUAAACAAUUAGAACGCCCAACAUUACCCGAUGGUACAAAACUAAUCACAUUUCCAGUUGGUAAGAGUGCAGUACAUUCGAGUAAUUCUACGCAAGAAGAUGAGUCGGCUAGUAGGCCACCAAAGCAUUGGAUUAUGAAUCCUUCGGGCAAAAGUUAUGUUUGUAUUUUGCAUGAGUAUGUACAACACGCACUAAAAAAACAACCUACAUAUAAAUUCAAGGAGUUGGAAAAUGCUGCGACACCAUAUUCUGCUGUUGUAUGCAUUAAUGACAUGGAAUAUGGUAGUGGUUUUGGAAGUAGUAAGAAACAAGCAAAAGCAAAUGCAGCUAGAAAAACUUUAGAAAUUUUGAUACCACAAAUGAGGGAUAAGAUUUCUGGUGAUACAACUACAGAUAAUAAUUCUACAAGUUCUAGUCAAACAAUUAAAGCAUCCAAAGUCAAUUCAGAUGCAGAUCUGUCAUUUUUUGAUGAAAUCUCUAUCAAUGAUCCAAGAGUUGCUGAGUUUUGUGCAAAAACCACUGAACCUUUACCUCAUGCAAUUUUAAUUACUUGUUUGCAAAGGAACUUUGGUCUUGGCGAUAUGGAAAUAAAUUAUUCAGUAAACACAUUGAAACAUCAACGUAAUGAGUUUACUAUGAGAGUUGGUAAGCAUGAAGCAACUGUAAUUUGCCGUAAUAAAAAAGAUGGUAAACAGAGAGCAGCUCAGGCUAUAUUACAACGUUUGCACCCACAUAUUCAUUCGUGGGGUUCAUUAUUACGAUUGUAUGGGUCUCGCAGUGUAAAAUCUUUCAAGGAAAAGAAACAGUUGGAACAGGAAAUUACUUUACUCCAAGGAAAAGCAGCAGUGAACCAACCUAAUCAUGCCAUUCUGGAGAAACUUAGGCAAGAGAUGAGGAAAUUGUCCGAUCAAAGACAAGCAGUUAAACCUAUUGGAAAGUUUAUCCCACCAGAUAUGCCUACAGGUUCAUCAUCUAAUUUGGAUAAUGUUGAUUUAUAACAUAGUAUAUGAAACAAAAUUGCAAUUUUUGAACAAUGUUGCUUUAUAAAUAUGUGUAAUAAAUUAAAUAGAAGCUAAAAUUGCAUCAUUUCUGAAAAAUGAUUAACUGUUACUUUACAAUUUUUUUACGAACUAUUAAUAUUUAACUCAUAUAACAAGCAUUUAUUAAACAAUUGUGAUUUUUUGUAACUGAUUACAUAUAAAAGUCAUACAAGUAGUCUAGUAAUAAUUUAAAUAAUCAAAAUCUCUAGAACAUAUAAUAAUUACUUGGAUUUAUAUCCUGUACUUAUUUAGUAUUAUUUUUUUAAAAAGAUUGUACGUUAAAAUUUUAUAACUGUUCUCUAGCAUUUCUAAUAUGUGCAUACAAUACAUAUUUUAAAACCUGAAGAAUAA